AUGCAGUUCGACGAUAACGGCUGUCCAACAAGCAAAGACAUCGUCUACUCGCCCUUCAAGCUGUGGACUUCCAUUUGGCCAGAUGGGUCGUCAGGCCUGUGCUGGAACUACGCGAGCUGUGUUUUCACUCAAGCCGACGAAAGUCGCAAACAGCAGUUCGCCGCCACCGCGCUUGUCAUGGGCCUGCUUCCGGUCGCUCUCUUGGAAAACACCUGGCCGGACAAUCGGGAAGUUGCGAUCACGGGGAAGCUGCCCGUGGCAGUGGAAAUUCUUGUCCGCACUCUCGGCCUCAAGCCUGUCGAUGGUCACUCCGCCAGCUCACAGGCCAAACCUUCGGCGUCCGCCAUCGCAACCUGGGCGUCGAACGCCAAACCGAACAUUGUCAUCCUGGUGACAGCCGCAAAUUCACUUGCGCUUUGCGCUUGCUAUGCCGUUCUCGUCAUCCUCGAAUAUACUUCAAAACGGUCAGCCAUCGGUUGCACCUACUUCGCCACCGUACUGUGCUGGUACAUAGCUGCCCUUGUUCCGGCCAGUACUCAUACCCUACUAUCGAGGAUUUCGAGCGGACAAGGCGUGGAGGAAUUCUGGCUUUCUCAGAUUGUCCGGGCCUUCCACAGCGGUGCGGGGGUACUCUUGUUUAGCUCCAUAAUGGCAGUGACCCCUAUCGAACUUUUCACAUGGGUUGUGGCUAGCUUUGUCACUUCGCUCUGCGGCAGGCUUCUGGCACUCUUCAUCUGUAUCCUGAGGGAGAAAAUACGACCAAAUGGUACGACGCGAUACAGCCAAGUAACCCACAUAUAA